AUGACCAAUCCAACUUUUGUUUUCUCUACCGGCGCCUGGAUUAGGUCGGAGUUCUUCGAUGAGAUCCGUUCUAAGCUUAUUGCACUCGGUUUCCCUACUGAGUGUAAAAGUCACCCUUCCAUUGGCGCUGAACCACCAACCAAGACUUUGGCUGAUGAUACUGCUUCUCAGCGCGAUUUCUUGACGCAACUUGCUGACGAGGGUCGUGACUUGAUUGUUGUAGCUCACUCUUAUGGCGGUGUUGUUACUUCUUCCUCUGUUGAGGGCUUGGAUAAAGCCACCCGUGAAAAAGAGGGCAAGACUGGCGGUGUUGUGAAGGUUGUCUAUAUGGCUGCCUUUGCUUUGGAUAAGGGUAAUAGCCUUUUAGAUAUGCUUGGGGGUAAACCUCUUCCGUUUAUGCAUAUUGAUGGCGACUACGUUCGCUUCGUUGGCGAUGCUACCACCAACCCCUGGCUUGAUAUUCCCGAGGAAGACCAGCAGAAGUGGGGAGCAUUGACGACGCAUACCUCACGCCUAGUCUUCGGUGGUGAGUGCACCUAUGAGCCUUGGCAUGAUAUUCCCUCUGCCUAUAUCAUCUGUGAGAAGGAUCAAAAUCUUCCUCCGCCCCUCCAGGAGCUAUUUGCUGCCAAGCUUGCUGGACCGGACAAGACCUUCCGUCUUCCAAGUUCACACUCGCCAUUUUUGAGUAUGCCUGAUCGUCUGGCUGAGAUUUUGCAGAAGAUUGCAAAGGAAUAG